AUGACUGUAACUGUAAAAAGCAUCGACAAUUCUGCUAAUAUUACAUCGGAAUUCUUUCACGAGAUUCGUGCUUACCUUCAAUGCGGUUUCGAUCCUCGAGGAAUGAUUCAAUAUUAUGGUAUCACCCGAGAUCCUCAAACAAAUGAUUAUAUGAUCGUCAGCGAAUUUGCAAACAAUGGAAAUUUACAAACUUAUCUUCGACAUAAUUAUCAUUUGCUAAAUUGGGAAAAACCAAUAGUGAUGUGUGAAGUUGCCACGGGAAUUCCUCCAUUUAGUAAUAGGGCUCACGAUUAUAAUCUUGCCGUUGGUAUAUGUGAUGGAAUUCGUCCACCGUUUACUGAAAGAACUCCAAAAUCUUUUACGACACUCGUAGAAAGGUGUUGGGAUUCUGAUCCCACGCAUCGCCCCGAUGUACAACAAAUAACUGAAAUGUUAUUCC